CUCCCGGCUGAGCUCCGUGCCACACUCCGAAGAAAAUCCUCGCCCGGAUCUCUUCCCAGCCGCCAUGGAUGAGAACUUCGAGUGGGUCCACCGCGGCUACGGCAAGAACAACGUGAAGCUGCUGCACCUUCGUCGGGAGGGCCCCGUGCACACCGUCAAGGAGUACGAGGUGAACACGUCGCUCACCCUCGACAGCGACAAGGACUACAUCGUCGGCGACAACUCGGACAUCAUCGCGACGGACUCGCAGAAGAACACGGUCUACAUCCUCGCCAAGAACCAUGGGGUGAAGUCUCCGGAGGACUUCGCCCUCCUGCUGUCUUCCCACUUCCUCGUCAAGUACAGCCACGUGACGUCCGUCAAGGUGGACGUGGAGGAGUACCCUUGGCGGCGCCUCGUGACGGAGGGCAAGGCGCACAACCAUUGCUUCCUCUUCUCGCCGGAGGUCCUCCACACGUGCUCCGUCUCGCAGGACCGCGGAGGGCCUCCGCGCGUGAGUACCGGCCUGCAGGGCAUGCGCGUCCUCAAGACGACCCAGUCCUCCUUCACCAACUUCGUCAGCGACGAGUUCCGUUCCCUGCCCGACAUGGAUGACCGCCUCUUCUCCACGGUGGUGGCCGCGUCGUGGGAGUACGCCGACGUCAAGGACAUCGAUUUCGGCAGAAUCUGGAUAAAGAUGCAGAAGAUAAUCUACGAUAAGUUUGCCGGUCCGCCCGACUACGGCAUCUACUCCCCGUCGGUCCAGAACACCGUGUUCCUCAUCCAGGAUACGGCGCUGAAAGAGAUCCCGCAGAUAACGCAGGUGAGAGUGACGAUGCCCAACAAGCAUUACUUCGGCGUUGACCUCAGCAAGUUCCCCGAAGUCGGCACCACCAAAAACGACGAAGUGUUCCUCCCCGUGGACAAGCCGGCGGGAAAUAUCACCGGCAUACUGGGGAGGAAGAUGCGCUCCAAGCUCUAGGUGAUAAACAGACGAAAAAAUGACAAACGGGGAGCGAGUGUAGAUGUACAUUUCUUUUUUUUUCUUAAAGACAAACGAGGAGUGAAUGUAGGUCUACAUUCUUACACAGAGAUAAAAGAAAUAAGAAAAAAAAGGAGAAACAGGGAGCGAAUGUAGGAGUACAUUUUUAGGGGGGGUGGGUAAUGAUAAAAGAAAGAACUGUAUAAAUGAAUAGAUAAAACGCAAUUAAAGGAAUAAUGAAAAAAUAAAGGAUAAUAAUAAGGGUCAGAUCUAUUCACUAAAAGAUAAACAAAGGUAGAAGGAUAGCUCUAGAAUAAUAUAUAUUGGAGGGUCAAAAUAUACGAAGAAAUAUAGAAAAUAGCAUGUUUUCUGCUUGUUAUUGUUACUGUUUUUGUUAUCUCAGGAUCGAGUGACGAAAAAGUGACAGAUGACUUGUAUUUGAAAUGUUUUUUUAUACGUUCUAUUAUAGUUUUACAUUAUAUUUUAUAACAGAUAUUUUGUCAUAUACAAAUAAUUGCCAGCCAAAAACACAAACAUAUAAACACAAAUGAAAUAGACAGUAGAUAAAAUACAUGUACGUAAACAUAACCACAAAAAGGUGAUGGUUAAAAUAAAUAAGAUGUAAACGU